AUGAAGGCCCCGAAAGGGAAGUGCAAAUGCGUGCCUGCAGUGGAGCGGGCCAUACACGCCGUACGUCUAGAUGGCAACUUGAUGAUGACCGGGUCAACUAGCCACCGAGCCGCUGACGCCAGCUACGAGCCCAGCGCUCAAAGGGCGAGGCAAGGUGGUAGAAAGCUGUGGCUCGCUUGCGAGCUACAGAAGCUAGAAAGGGAAGUUGAGCGGCACAGGUUGAAAGACGGUAGUAAACGGAUCCGAUGGGCACCCCUCGCGGAAGCUUGGGAGCGCUCUCGGCAUCCGGACGAUGCAAAGCGGACCGUGGCAGCCUUAAAGGCGGCCUACGCGAAGCUUUCAAGAAAUAUACUACCUGGAACGGAGGCUAGGGUGCCGUUCGUGGUAGGAGAACAAGGUGUAGAGGACCCAACGGGAGGGGGAAACCCCACCCAAGUGGAUUCCUCUUUUCCAGAUGUGGGUGGAGGAGAUCCGGCUAGUGCGAUCUCCGAAGCUCGUGUGAUUGCCUCGAGGACUCUCGAAUCGAAGGAGCUUCUGCUCCAGAAAUUUGAGAAGUUCUACUCGAUUGCGAUAGCCGAUCAUGAUCGAGUGCCCGUGAGGAGACCGAAGGGAGAGAUCCCCAAGGAGCUUCUCGAGAUUGGCAACGGCAUCUUAGCUACUAAGGUGCCAGAGACAUUCUCAAACGGAAAGCAGUAUCUGGCUAGAUUGAAUGCUGCUGUGUACGCAAUAGCGAGAGCCAUUGCUGCAACAGCGGAUGAAAUGACGCGAGAUGGAGAUGCUGUGGACCGAAAUAGGACUCUCAUGGAGGCUAUAGAGUCUCGACGAAUCCUCAUAGCGAAUAUCUCGACUCUCACAAACGAGUUGCAUAGGCGGAAGGCAUGGAAACGAAAGGAGAGAACCUGGCCCCCCAGCCGGAAGUAUCUUCUUUUCGCGGAAAUGCACGACGUGUCUAGUGGGGCUAAGUUGAGGAGGAAAUUGAGGGAACUCAAGGACCGACUCGCCACCUAUCGUGGGGCUAGGCAAGCCCUUUCAAAUAAGUCUGAGGAACUUAAUGAAGAGGAGUGGCGGAGCUUAUACAGCAAAGUCAAACCUUGGAAAGCGACAGGACCUGAUGGUAUUCAGGGCUUCUGGUGGAAGCAUCUUGAGGUCGCCAGAACGCGGCUGACUUACUGGUGCCGAAAGGCGCUGGUGAAGCCGCGGAAGGUCGUUCCUUCAUGGAUGUGCGAAGCCAGAGUGGUACUGAUUCCAAAGGAGUUGAAGAGAGACCAAAGCUCGCGCGGACCCGGCGACUUCCGUCCUAUAGCAUGCCUGAACGUUUGUUAUAAGAUCCUGUCGGCAAGUAUGUCAUUUAGAAUUCUCCGGACCGUAGGUGAUCGGUUCCCCUCGGAACAGAUAGCCCUGCGGAAAGGAGUAUGGAGUUGCACACACGCUCAUAUCUUGGACCAAACUAUAAUAAAGGAUGCUCUUCGACAUAAGAAAGAACUACACAUGUUGUGGGUUGACCUGACGAAGGCUUUCGACUCAUUGUCGCAUGGGGCCAUUAAAUGGACCAUAAAGCAAUGGGGAGUACCUUCUGACCUGCGACGCACACUUUCGGUACUUAUGUCAAUGCAGAGUGUCCGAUACUAUGGCUUCACGAAUGGUAAGUUGGUGAGGAGUAGGAGACUGCGGAUCAGAAAUGGUCUAAUGCAGGGCGACUCUCUGAGUCCACUUCUGUUCUGCCUAGCCAUAGGGCCUGUGUCAUCAUGGAUCCGUAAAGAGAUUGAACCAUAUCAGACGAGAACAGGAAUAGGACAUCGUAGUGACGGAGUCCUGGAGGCCGGACAUAUCUUGUAUAUGGACGACUUGAAGGUAUAUUCUCCGAGCUGGGAGGAUAUGGUUAAGGCCAGAUACGGUAUCCAACGAAUGUUUGGUUCACUUGGCUUAGAGCUCAAUGCACGAAAGUGCGCUACGAGAAGUCUAAACUGCGCUAUCGCUGGAACGGCGCAAUUGGACACAAUACCUAUUCUCGGAGCCUCUGAGUUCUACAAGUAUUUGGGCGCGGAGCAGAACAGUCUAAUCUGUCUCGGGGAACUAUGGAAUCGAGUAGAGAACGCGGCGAAGGUGGUUGCGAAACGAUUGUUUGACAGCGAUCUGACGGUUCGCCAGAUGAUCAAUGGAUACAAUCAAGUAGUGAUCCCUAAGCUUAAAUAUGCGAUCUCAUGCGUGAUUUUCGGGGCAGGUAAACUUAGUACGCUGAAGAAAUGUGCACGACAAUUCGACUGUGACAUCCGGAAAGCUAUGGCUGAUUCUCACCUGAGAUUCAAAAGUAGUUGUACGGGCCGCUUGUAUACCGACAAGGAGCUCGGAGGACUAGGCGUGAAGUCAGUGGAAGAAGAGCUAGAUAGGAGUAUCGCCUAUUCGUGGUGCUACCUGGCUUCGAAUACAGACUUACUAGUUUCCUAUGAGCUUGCAGAGAGUCUUCGGUCGAGUCAUAAAAGAUCAUUAACCUCUGACUUCCGAAAGGUGUUGGAGACGAACGGACUUGACGGGAGAAUUCGAAGGACGAUAAUGCUCGACUACGUUCUGAAGAGGAACCUCCCACAGGCGGAUAUCCGAAAAGCCAGAGCUGUUUGGGAGGUUGAUUUCGACUCCGACCACCGUCCAGUUCUUCUCAGGCUUAAGAAAUGGUUCCACAAGAGUCGAGGAUUACCUACUCAAGAGAAAAUCGACAUGGCAGGUCUGAACGUCGAAGAAUGCAGAACGAAUUUCCGCCAACGUAUGUCUAUUCAUGUUGGAGUACAGACGAGGAAGAAGCCUUGCGAUGCGAACUCCUUAACAAAGUGCACCCAGGACGCUGCAAAGGAAACCCUCCCGGUUUAA